AUGCCUCCCGAGAUUGAGGCUUUAAGGUUAGCCGCACUUUCAACGAGGAAUCCUCGAAAAGAAAAAUCAAAAGCGGAGGAAAACGAUUUUCAUGUUGCAAAUGUGUCCAGCUCUUCAAAUUCACCUAAUCUACAGCCAACAUCUGUGAAUCAAGCUACUGUUGAGGACGUCAUGGUUGAAGACGACAACCGUUCCGAAAGGGAAGAGGGUGAAUUAAGCGAUUCUGAUUCAAUAAACGGUUGCAAUGAACCUAUUAAAGAAAGUGGUUUUCAGCAUAGAAGUGAGGAAACCGUUACUAACGCCGCACAUCAACAACAAUCCUAUCAACAGGCUUAUUUAGAUUCAAAAUAUGCUGAAGAAGAAUUAACGAGGAGAUUAUUAUCUGACUUAUACCGGUUGUCUGCCACACCCGAUGACAUAAUUGAAGCUGGAAUUCCUGUGGAUGUUGUUAUCAGAUUUUCUCGUGAAAUAAAUUAUCCGUUGCCUCCGCAUCUUGCUGUAUUUAGUAUUCCCGUUCGUAAACCAUUAACAUCCACAGAUGUACCCUCUCAUGAAAAUGCGAGUUCGAAUAUGAUGAUUAAUUCAGCAUCAUCUCCAUUUCAACAAAAUAAGUCGUUUCCUACUUCAAUUCCUUUGGUCUCCAACGACCAAGGU